GGGGAAGGGGUAACCUCCUAAAACCAAACUCAGAAAAUGAAAGAAGAUAUAAGAGCAUGAAACAAAAAAAAAAAAAAGAUUCCGUUCCUAAUUCUAGAUCAAUAAUCUCCUUCUGAUGCUUUUCUCUGUGUUGUUUUUCUUCUUCAGAUGAUUUGAAAGACAUGGAACAAGGAAAUGGUACCAGAGUGACUGAAUUCAUUCUAUUGGGAUUUGCAGUUCGGCAAGAACUACAGUACGUUCUCUUCCUUGUGUUUCUGGUCAUCUAUGUGAUAUCUUUAGUGGGCAAUGUUGGGAUGAUCCUGCUCAUCAAAUGUCAUUCCCGCCUUCAUACCCCCAUGUAUUUUUUCCUCCAACACUUGGCUUUUGUUGAUCUUUGUUACACCUCUGCGAUCACUCCCAAGAUGUUACUGAACUUCCUGGUAUCCAACAAAUCUAUCUCUUUCUCAGGGUGUCUAUUGCAAUUGUUGGUUUAUGCCACAUUUGCCACAAUCGAAUGUUACCUACUUUCUGCCAUGGCCAUAGAUCGUUAUGUGGCCAUCUGUAACCCAUUACACUAUGCAGUGGUCAUGUCCCGGAGGGCAUGCAUCCAGCUACUCACUGGAUCCUAUUUCAUGGGAUCCCUGAAUGCUUCUGUACAUACGGGUUUUGCUUUUUCGUUGACCUUCUGCAAUUCUAACACCAUCAAUCACUUCUUCUGUGAUGUGCCCCCAAUCCUGGCCCUUUCCUGUUCUAAUAUUGAUAUCAAUGUCAUGUUGUUAAUAGUCUUUGUGGGUUUUAAUCUGUCAAGCACCUUGUUAGUUGUGUUUCUCUCCUAUGUUUAUAUCCUGGCUGCUAUCUUAAGGAUGCCCUCUGCUGCAGGAAGACACAAAGCCUUCUCCACUUGUGCCUCCCACCUGACAGCCGUCAUUAUUUUCUACGGAACACUCUCUUACAUGUAUUUACAGCCCUCUUCCAGUGAAUCUCAGGAGAAUGAUAAAGUGGCCUCCGUGUUUUAUGGUAUUGUGAUACCCAUGUUGAACCCCCUGAUCUACAGUCUUCGGAAUAAAGAAGUCAAAGAGGCCAUGAAAGUUCUAUUAAAGAAUUGCUUAUGAGUCAAGACUUGUAUUCCAAAGCAUUGGUUCAGAAAUGCAUCUGAACAAAGAACAU